GUUGCGUUUUCUCUUCCGGUGAAGAUAUAAGUUUGAUAUAUACCAACAGAAAAGAAAAUCACCUACAUCAAUGAACAAUCCAGAAUUGUAUACUAAGAACAAUCAUUUUUCACGGAUAUCCGCCAAAUUCAUAUUGGAUAAAUAUGGAAAAUGGAUGACUUGGAAAGAUAACGAAAGAAUAAUGGAGUUUGGAGUGGGGUGUGGAAAUACAACUAAAGAAAUUGUUCUACCACGGAUUCCAUCGAACUUCGCUGAAUAUGUCGCUGUGGAUAUCAAUAAAAAAUUCGUCAACAUGGCCAAAAGCACCCUAGCACAUGAUACACGAUUUCAAUUCAUGAACUUCGAUAUCGAAUCCAAUGAAGUACCUCUCAAAUUCAUGGAGAGGUUCGACCACAUCCUGUCUUUUCUUGUAAUACACUGGACGAGGAAGCCAAGGAAAGCAUUUGAAAAUUUGCUGAAAAUGUUGAGGUCCGACGGAGAAAUAUUCCUGAUGUUUGUAGAUAAAAGUCCCAUCGAUGGUGCUCUCGAAGAACUUGGAAAGAAUCCCAGAUGGGCAAAAUAUGGCCACGAGAAUUUCAUUUCACCAUAUUAUCAUAAUAUUGACCCAUUGAUACCAUACCGAAAGGACAUGAUAGCAGCUGGAAUAGACAACCCCAAAAUAGGGAUUGAAAAAAUGUUAUUUUGCUACAAAAAUGUGAAUCACUGUACGGAUCACUUGUGCUCCGUGAAUCCUAUUCUGCACCUUAUACCUGAAGAAGAACAAGAAGACUACAAACGUGACUAUAUGAAGCACGCAUUGAGAACAGGAGGAUUCUUCCAAAAAAGUGUCAAACCUGGAUACAUCUCUAUUGGAGUGAAUUAUAAUCUCAUGAUUGUUUAUGCCAAAAAAUUAACGUAGAAUGUAGAAACAAUAAUACAUUAUACGGAUUCCACCGAUUUACUAGAGACCGAACUGCCAUUUCCGAAAUGGUUUCGAAAGCAGCCCUGUAGCUGAACUCCGCCCUUUCAUCGUUGAUAAUUUUUUGUUCAUUUAUUUCUACUUAUAUAAAUAUUUCAUCAUGUACCAUUAUCAGUAUGCAACUAUGUAAAUAAUGAAUAAAGACAUUAUUAUUAUCCUAACUA